CUGUCACGUUGAGUGACAUUUAUUGGAAUUCGGAUUGUGAAUCGGGCUGACUCGCUCGCGUUUGUACUCCGCGAAUGUAGGUGGAGCUCGUUACGAUUUUAUUUCAUUUAUUUAACGCUCUCGUUCCACUUUUCCAAGCGACAGUUUCUUUUUUAAAUAUUUACGUUAAUAUUUUCUUAAUUAGUGUUUUCCUAGUGCUAUAUUGUGAUUGUGAAACAAAGCGUUGCGUGAUAGUUCAGUGUUAUGAUGUCAUGAUUAUUCUAUUCGAAUCCUUGGUGAAACAUGAGUGUCAGUGUCGAGGCGGACGUUCCGAGCCCUGUGUCCGAUGGGCAGAGUACGACCUUGGAUCCGACGUUGUCGAAAUCAUCGUCGGAAAGCCAAAGUUUGAAAGAUGAGAUUGAGGUAGGUCAGGAUGAGAAAUCCGAAUCUAGCACGCCCAAAAUUCACCCGAUGGCCUUCACGAUCGACUUUGGAGAGAGCAAACCUGUCGACAAUCGCAGACUUGAGCAGUUGGCUAAGAAGUCUCAGGCGCGUCAUCAGAGAGUUCAGUCUAUGUCCGCAAGUCUAACUAGGCAGAGCCCCACAGCCCAGCGUCCACCUAUGAGCGCUAAACUCCCUCGAAAGACCCAGGGUUACAACUCGGAAGGUUACUUCUCAUCAGACCAGGAGGAUAGUGGUCUAUCAGGUUCUAUCAAAAUUCGUAACUCCUUAGCUCAAAACCCAGCACAUACUAAUAGUCCUAUAACAAACAGGCACAUAAAAUCUCCUGUCAAUGAUGCACACACAAAACAUGCCUCAAAAAGUCCUAUAGUUGACAGUAUAAUGUCAAGAAGUGAUAAUUAUUCAUACUUGUCUCGGCAAGCUCUUAAUCUUCCUCUAAAGAGCAACACAUAUUCAAAGGAAAUGCAUCGUACACCAAGUUACAAUAACCUUUAUCAAACAAGACCAGUGACACAUAUAGUAGAUGAAAGUCCUGAAGCAGUCCUUCUCACAGACAUAUCUAGCCCGGAACUUGACAUAUUGACCCCUGACAAUGGGGUGCCCACUCCUGAGCACUAUAAAAGUCCAUCAACAAGAAAAGGCCGUGCCACAUCAGAGACACCUGACCUAUUCAAGAAGUGCAUGAUAAAAGAAACAUUGUAUAUUGAUGAUGAAGUUGAUAGGGAAUCUAAUAACUCCUCGACCGGUACAUACACCAUUGAAGGAGAUAAUUAUACGGAAGAGCAGAAGGCCAGAAUGAGCAUUGACAGAAAUUUUGAUACAAAAUUGAUCAAGGAUGAAGAAAUAUUUAAACAACGUAGUAGAGACCCUGAAUUGAUUUUAGACUUCACACAGAGAGUGAUCACAAAAGAGCCAAGAAGAGAUACAUAUCUCAGGAGUCCAGUGGAAGCAAAUAAAGGUUUUAAUGUCCCCAAAGUAUCUAAAGACAAAAAUGUUCUAGAGAUCUCUUGCUGUUAUGAAUCGCCCACUGAGAAUGAUCUUGCAACACAAACAUCUAAGCAAAUUAAAUCGACUAGAAGCUACUUAGAGAAAAUAAAGAAUAGAGUGAGAACUAUAACUGAGAAAACUUUUGCAAAAUCACCACCGAUCCACGGCGAAGAACCAGAUUUCGGGAGUUUCACUUCUGUGACAACUUCAGGGGUGUUAAGUUCGAAAAACCCUUCGAAAUUGGUCACGUCAUCAGGGAGGCGAUGUAGCUUAACUAAAUCAGAAAUAGACCAAACUGACUAUAUACACAGAUUGUCAAGGGAGUCAUCAGUACCUGUUUCUUUACCGAGCUCUAAACUGAAGUUAGAAAAUGCAGAAUUUGAAAGCUCAGCAUUGAGAAAUGCUCAGAAGGCCAUGAGGGAUGAUAGCGGAGUGUCUUCUGAUAUAACACCAGAUCAGGCUGUCGGUCAACUGUCUUAUAUAUCAAUGAACCGGUGCAAGGGUGACAAGACCUGGAUUCACGACUGGGCAGAGAGUGUCAAGAAGUAUAACAAUAACAUGGCCACUGGAUCUUAUGCUAACACUGAUUGUGAUCGUCCUCCUCUCAGCCCUCGACAUAUCAGUAAACCUCGGAGUCCGCAUGGCGACACACCGACCAAGAUCCCGAGCCCCGUCGGCACAUUACUACACAGAAGGACACCGGAUCUCAUACCCACCCAAGAAACGGAGUCUUAUUUGCUCAAAACGCAAAACGCAAUAUCGAAUCUUCAAGCUAAACUACAGUCAUCUAGGACGAGCAACUUUUCCAGUAUACCGUCGCAACUCACCACCAGUAUGAUCAGCGAGAAGACAGCCAUAUCCCGACUUCCGAUCUCGCAGCUUAGCCGCUCCAACUCGCUCAACUACCGUCUCCGGAAGAAGGAUAACUCAGGAGACAGCAGUCCCCUCCGAAGCCCCGGACAUUACGUGAUCACUGGGUCAACGAAGAUCCCCGAAACCACGCAAAUUCUUCUCAAUAACGCUUCCCGGUCACUGGAGACGGAUCGAAAGAAAUACGACAGCAACAUGAAUAGUCCGUCUUCCGAUAGGGGCGGUCUUCUGAGCACCAGUUCCGAUGACAAGACGCUGUCAAAUCGCUACGACGUUGAGGCUAUACUCUCGCCCCACAGAAAACACGCAAGACACAAAUCCGCGGACGUAAGACACAGCGAGAGGAACUUGGACAACGCGAGUCAAAUAAGACUGAAGAAUACAUUAAGGAUCAACGUACCGGAAGAAAACUCUCAGAGGAUCGAUCAAAUACGUUGUCAGGGAAACGCCAAAGUUAGGCCCGACAUAACGUCUACGAUCCGACGUUCGAGCUCUUUUAACACCGUCAAUAAGAAUAACAAUUAUAUCGACACGAGACAUAACUAUAGAAGACCCAGCGGUCAGUCUGAGGAGUGCAAUUGCUCCGAUGAUUCAGACAAUGUUUCUCUCGGUAAAUGCAAAGAUUACAAAUACAAAAUGCUCCGAGGCAGGUUAGACUCGGCCGAGUUGAAGUCAGCGGUGCCAGCCAAUUCGCCAAAAUGUCCGAACACGCCAGAAAUGCAGCGGAAAUUCGGACAUGGCCUGGUGAGGAAUUCGGUUAGAGUCACGACUAAAGAGAGGGGGAGCGUCCCAAGGUCCGAACCUUUGAGGGACGAGAGAAACAAACCAAUUGGACACCAGAGCAGGAGGAUAUCGGAGCCGACGCGGCAGGCCAUGAUCAGUCGGCUGACAAAGUCCAGAUCUUCAACGAGAGAGGUGCAAUUGAAGACCCAGGAAAAAGGUCAAAAGAAACCAAGCCAGCACAGGUCUUCAUCGGCGUUAGCCACAAAGGAGGUGGAAUUCUCCAACUGGAAGAAGCGUUCUUCCUAUGACCCGAUGAAGGCGGCCCAGGAAGGCAGGAGACGGCAACAGAUGUCGAAACGGCAGGAAAAUAAGGACGACCUCAGUUCCCCUAGUCACUCGUCUCCGGUGCAUCGAUCGCAGUCGUUCCACACGACCAAUAUAGCGGAUCUGACCCUGGACUACACCUCCGAGGAGUCCGAAGACGACCUCCACGCGUUACCGGUCGACCCUAUGAUCACGUCCACGCACUCCGACAUCGUCGAGCUGAGGUCCAGGGACUGCCACAGUCUGAGGAGACAGGCCCUGAACAGUGACGUGAAGCUGGGCAGGAGUUAUGUGGCUAAUUUUCAGGUGAACCAACAGGCGGACAAGAAAAGGCGGGAACAGGACAAAAGAAAGACGUUCAUAUUGGAUGACGUCACGCCCACCAAAGAGAAUAUAGACUUCAUUACAAAGACAAGAGACGAUGUCGCCAUAGACAAGAGGAGAACUUUUGUUCUAGACAGCGACACAAACUCCACCACAAACGGCAGCAGUCCAAGGAACUCUUCUAUAUUUAGUCAUGAAAAACACUCCUUGACGACUGGUACUAGCGACACGGAGGGCGAGAGUGGAACAGAGAGUGCUCCUGUGGUGUUGAGGCACGCGGGCGCAAAGAGAGGCACCGUCCCUCCCAAACAGAGGUACAGCGGUGAUUUCUCGAUGACCUCGUCCACCACGUCGAUAUCGCAGAAGAAGCCCAAAGACAUCCAGCCCCGUUACAUGGAUAUCUCGAAGUACAAAAAUGACACCUCCCCGAAGAACUUCCUGAGGAGGGACCCCAGCAAGACCUACGUUGGUGUUCUGGGCGAAACCAAAAUCAGCCGAGGAAGCGCGCAGCAUUAUGAAAUGGAACAAAAGAAACAAGAGUUAGAGAAGUGGAAACGACGAGCUUCUUACGAUCCGAGGAAGGCGGCCGCGCUCGGGAAGACCAGCAAACCGGCUCCGAAGACCGCCAGUAGCGUUCUCCGUUCGCAGUCGUUUCACGGACCGGUACUGGCGUCGUCGACUACCCGCUACUGUCCGCCUACAGAUAUCACCGAAUUAUACGACGCAUCGAGCGACAACGAUUUCUAACCUUGGAACCUCGAUAAUCUUAACUGUACAGAAAUAAAAAUCAAGGGAAACACCGUCCGAUCCGAAUGAGGCAGACGCCAAUCUAUACUAAUAUAUAAAUCUACAGUGGUUUUUACGGUUGUUCCGUUAUAACUACUGAAACAUGCAUCCGAUUGACUUGAAACUUGGUAUCCAUGUAGAAAAUACAUGUAAUUAAUGGAUAGGUUAAUAUUUAUAUGUAAAUUAGUGUUGGACUCCCUACACCAGUUGCGGGGGCGUUAAUGAUGAGAAUCUUUGCGGGGGCGACAAAUAAUAAUGUUAAUUUCAAAUGCCCAGCGUAGCGGACGGGUACAGUUAGUUCGUGUAUAAAAACAAUAUUAACGUUUAAAAGUACGGUACAUACACAAUUUCCGCCCUAAAGUUAUGUGACGAAAUUGUCAUCACGAUCAUUUUAAAAAAUAUAUUAAAUGUCAAUGUCACAUUUGCCGCCUAUUCCAACCGAUGAUGUUUUAUUUCUUUAUUUACAUAUUGACGCAAAGGAUUGUGCGAACAUGAUGCCUCUACGGAUCGGACACGUUCGGUCGCUUGUAUAACAUAAAAAUGUUAUGAAAUGAGACCAAGUAAAUAUUAUGUGUCUAGUGAUGACACGUCAUCUUGAGUAGUUGAUUAAAGUCAGUCACUGGAAGAAUGUGAUUUGUUCUUUGUACAGCUUCAGAGUGCGGUCGAAAAAUGAUAAUAUUUGCGCGAUUAUAAAAGUCAUAAAACGUUAAGUUUACUCUUCCUCGACCGCAUUUUGUAGCUAUACACACACAGGUGCUUACAACUUUGUUUAAGAACAUUAUUGCGACGAAUUUAACGCAAGUAUAAAAAUUUGUUUAUAUUUUUCAUUCAUACCGAAGACAAAAAAUUAUGGUUACUUAUAAAAUUUGCAAGUAUUUUCAUGUAUUCACGGUCUCCUUAACUCAAUUAUGUAACUUGCAGUUACGAAAAAAAGGUAAAAAUUAUAACACCAUUUUUUUUUCAUUUGUAGCACAAUAUCUUUGUUUAUUUUUUUUUUUUUUUUAAUUUGUCGAUAGGUUAAUAAUGUAUAGAAGAAUAAGACAAGGAAUGGAUAAUAUCAUGUAAAUAGACCGCUUCAUAAUGAAAAAAAAAGUCCAAUGAAAUAAAAUAAAAAACAAAUGAAAUUUUGGCGCUAAAAUUGCGGUUUUUUUUGCUUCAUGUAUUUAUACAGAUUAUAUUAGAAUAUUCUAUUAUUCACGUAAGAAUUAUUAAGUGUCAAAAUGUGUCAAAACGACAAAUAAAGAGCGAUACGCCCCAAAAAAUUACGUCUUCAACUGUUGUAAAGUAUUUAUCAUGAAAUAAUUAAGAUUAAAAUAAAUGUAAAAAAAAACAUAUAUAUUAUAUUAAAUGUGAUUUAAAUGUAAUGCCUAUAGAAUUUUAAGAUGAUUAAUCGCUAUUUAUGAAUUGGUAAAUUAUAAAAAUCAAGUCCUUUGUAAUUCGACACUUGUGUUUUCAAAGUGACAUGUGUCAUGCUUGACAUCUGUCACUCGCGUGAUCGCUUCGAACGAAUAUUGAUUUAGCCCUAUCUGUAUUGCUCACUUCGUCCAUACAUCGAUGAAUUAUAUAGUGUUUAAUAAUUAUUAUGUUUAAUCAUUUUUAUUAGUGCAAUUUUCGCAUCACAUCGUAUUUUUGUUUUUUGCUUUAAACUAGUUUAUAUUUAGAUUUUACGAGCUUCGAAAAUUAUUUUACGUGUUAUUUUUUGAUAGAGAUGGCGUUAGUCUUUGAAACGUUGAGAUGUUGCGAAUCAAAUGGGGGGCUUAUUUUUAUGCUGCGGCUUGGUUCUCGUUGUGGUCCGUAGUCAUGUAUACGAGUGACGGUAACCAAUUCACAUAAUGUCGACCCGUUUGCCUUAUCCGUAGGCUGGUAGGCUGCAUAUCGUUAAUGAAACUGAACCUUUUAUUUAUGCACAGUAAACGAAACAGCUGAGUAAAUACAGUCCUUAACGGCAUCAAAAUAAAGUCUAAGUUUACAUACUGUAAGAAUUGCUUAAUGUCAAGACCAAACUACAUUUUUUUUUUUUUUAAACCAGUAAAAGUUUAUUUAUAUCUGCCAUCUGGUGUUAAGUGGUUACUGGAGCCCAUAGACAUCUACAACGUAAAUGCGCCACCCAUCUUGAGAUAUAAGUUUUAAAUCUCAGUAUAGUUACAACGGCUGCCCUACCCUUCAGACCGAAACGCAUUACUGCUUCACGGCAGAAAUAGGCAGGGUACCUACCCGCGCGAAAUCACAAGAGGUCCUACCACCACCACCAGAAUAUGAAAAAUUGUAGGUUAAGACACUUUUGCGCUCACGGCCUCAAUUUAUCUAUUGCCAUCUCUGCCUACGGAAGUCAGCGGUUUGGCUUUUCUACACAAAGAAAGCUAUACUAGUAAAUAUAAUAUUUUCAAGUUAACAUUGUUACAUUUUUUAUUGAAAUAAAUUAAAAUGUUUAGUAUAUUAUUUUGUCUUCAAUUUUUGAAGUUUUUAUUACGAAAAGAUACUUAACGGCUUUUUUUUAAUUAUUAUUAUUAUGUGUUUUUACAUGUCUUCAAAACCGUCUGAUGAUGGUGAUGAUUUUAUUAUAAAGAAACUACGCGCAGUGUUGGAAGCUUUAUAUUAUAUUGAAUGUAAUAUUUUUUUCAUAUUGUUUUGUACAAUCCAAGCUUUAAGUGUAGUUUUAAAGGUUUUUUUUUUAAUUUUUAUUAUUAUAUUUUUCGUUUCGUCCAAAAUUUUUAGCCAGGUUUAAUAAUUAAUGAACGUAAUAUUGUGUUCAAUCUUUCAAUUGAUUAUUUUAAAAAGAAAUUUCUUGCGAAUAUGUCCGAAAAUGUUAUUUAGAUUUGCUUAGAACGAUAAUGCUUUAGUACUUUCCUAAUAAAAUCAUAAAUCAGCGUUUAUAGUUUGUUAAAAUGAAAUAGCCCGAUACGCGGGAAAACUGUUGAAAAAAUAAUUAAAAUUUUCGAUAUGAACUUAACCUACAAAUAAUGAUUUGCUUACUAUCGUGUCAAGAUAUGUUUACCAAAUUAUGUUUUUUUUUAAAAUGAAUUUUAUGACCUUGUAACUAAAACCUUUAAGUCAUUUCCACCAAAUUAUAAUGUUAUAAAUCGAUCAAUAGAGUUGCUGAUAACAGAAAUAUUGUUUUCAUUAUGUCCGUAUUUGGUUAGGCAAAGAGUAAUAAGUCCAGCAAACCUUAAAUUUUUUUUCUUCUUUGAUAUACGUGAAAGACGGAAGUCGAGUCAAAAUUAGUUCAGAUUAACAUUACCUCAAAUGACAACUGACUGGUGAGAGCCCUUGAUAGUUCUCUAAUUAACUUGGAAAGUCCAAUAUAAAUAUGUGGUACCGCUUCGUUAGUAACUAGAGCCAUGUUAAGAAUUUUCAGAGCAUUCAUGUUUUUUUUGUCGUGUCAGAUUUUAAGGCAAGGGAAUUUGAAAUAUUAAACUGUUACUGUCGUUUCUCGCUAAUUUUUUUCAAUUUGUUCGAGAAAAUGAUUCAGAAAACAAAUAAAAUAUCUUGAUACCAAAAUUCGGAAUUUCUUGAAUUUGUUAAUGAUUAGUUAACCGUUAGUGACCGCGAAUAUGAAGACGUUAAAAAUUAAAAAUGAUACGUGUCAUUUUGUUUGAGUUUCGCGCGUCCAUUUCCUGUUUUUUUGGCUCUCAUUAUUGUAAUAGGCAUAAGUGUUCAUUUGACGUAAAGCCUGGCUUUUACCCUUUUUUAUGAUAAGCUCCAAGCAACGUUAUGUUAGACGUAGUUAACAAUGUUAGAUUUUUGUAAAAAAAAUGUUUUAAUAACGCAUUAUGUAUGAUAAUAAUAAUAUUAUAAAAUACAAAAAAUGAAUAAAUAAAGAAAUAAAAACUGUA